CGGAAAUAACUAACAGCUGUUCUACAAUAUUCGUUCGGGCAACUCAGGUAGCAGCUGUGUACGAAUGAACACGCAGCCGUUUUCCUUGGAACUGCGAUUGUUUGCACAUUGAAUUGAGACUUUCUCAUUGUUUUAUCUUAUUUUGUUAAAAUAGGUAAAAUCCAUUUUUUAAGUUAGAAACGCUUACAAUAGUGUUAGUUAUUGUGAAUAGUGCGCGAAUCAUAUAAUCUGUUUUUGGUGAUAGAUAUUAUGUUUACCAAAAUUCAUUCGUUGUUAUUGUGAAUUGAGACUAGUUGAAAUGCCUCGUGAAUACGUGGAUCGCGAGAAGAGUUCCUUGGUGUUAUGUUAAUAGAAUCUCUACCUGUAGAUAGCAAUUUUAAUUUUCUAUCGGUAGUGACAAGAAUAAUUUAUAAAAAUGUCUUGUACGGUACCAACUAGUUCCGCUUUGAGAGCUUUGGCUUUAGAAUAUAAAAGUCUUCAAGAAGAGCCCGUAGAAGGUUUCCGAGUGAAGUUAUUGGGUGAGGACAAUUUGUUUGAAUGGGAAGUUGCAAUAUUUGGACCUCCUGAUACGCUGUACCAAGGCGGAUACUUCAAGGCACAUAUGAAGUUCCCUCCAGACUACCCAUACUCACCCCCUACCAUUAGGUUUCUUACAAAAGUAUGGCAUCCAAAUGUUUAUGAGAACGGUGAUCUUUGCAUAUCAAUCCUUCAUCCACCGGUGGACGACCCCCAGUCGGGCGAGCUUCCGUGCGAGCGCUGGAACCCUACGCAGUCCGUUCGCACAGUGCUGCUAUCAGUCAUAUCUCUACUCAACGAGCCGAACACGUUCAGCCCGGCGAACGUCGACGCGAGCGUCAUGUACCGCCGCUGGCGUGAUUCCAAGGGCAAGGAUAAGGAGUACGAAAACAUAAUAAGAAAACAAGCUCAAGUGGCGCGCAUAGAAGCAGAGAAAGAAGGAAUAGUCGUACCUUUAACAUUAGAAGAUUACUGCAUUAAAACACAAGUGAAAUCGACGACACAAGAACCACAGUUGGACAUGACAGACUUCUAUGAUGAUGACUACGACGACCUCGACACCGACUCCGAGGAGGAGUUGGAGGGGGGUGAAGACGGCGACGACAGCGGCAACGGCGAGUCGUGAUACGUCACAGAGAUCUCAUGCGACGGACGGACGACAAGGAAAAUAUAAUAUUACAUAUUGGCAUUUGUUAUUCUUUAAAACUGCAUCUCGACAAAGAUAAAAUUGCCAACUUUUGUAGUGUCAAAAGUUUAUGUAAUUGUCAAUCGCAAAAAUUGUUAACUAUGCCAUUGGCAAUGCACUAUAAGAAUUUAAAACAACUUAGAAAAAACAUUGCCCUAGGUGUCUAGCCCUAGAUAGAUGGAUUGAAACCAGUGUACCGAUAAAAAUAUCAGGCCUCUAAACUCACUUGCCACAUAGUUUAAACUUAUGUCAGCAUUUAAACUGAUAAAUAGGGGUGCGUUUACAUAGCAGUGACUCAAAAGUAAGUCUAUCAAAUUAAAUAAAGAUAAAAUAUUUUGCCCCUGGGGGCUGAGUUAGCUUUAGAUGGUGCAGCGCACCUUGCCCUGUGUAGUUAUGCCACUGAAUAUGUAAAUUUGCAUGUAUCCGUGUAACUUAUAAAAGCAACAGUAACAAUAAUAAUGGAGCAAGUGCUUGACCAAAAUAAAAUAUUUCUAGGUGAUGUUAAAAUUAUUAUGUUAGCAGAGUUAUCAUCAAUCAAAGAAAA